GUUCAAACUCCACAUUCGAAGCCAUUAUUGUGGCACCCACUUUGAGGACAGCAGCCUCCAGACCCAUUUCUGGGUUAAAAUCAGGGAAAUUUCUCAUUAAAGACUUUUUGUUUUGUUUACAUUAGCUGAGUCUGAGUCGUCGAAUCUUCCUUGACAGGUCAUGGCGGUGACGAAUGCAGUGAUGGCAGCUGAGGAGUCUCCAGAUUCAAAAUGCCCCAUUUGCUUGGACUGCAUUAAUGACAUUGCUGACCUGGACUGCUGCCCACAUACAUUUUGCUUCCCCUGCAUCCAGAAGUGGACUGAUAUCCAAGGUAAAUGUCCGCUGUGUAGGCGAUUAAUUAACUGGAUCUUCCAUUCACAGGGGGAGCAUGUAUUUGUGGUGUUUGUGGACCCCAUGGAAGAUGAUGACUCCAGCACCCCGUUGGUGUGGUGGAUGAGCGAGGACGAUGAUGCUGGAAGCCUCUUACUGUGGGAUGAUGACACCCCCAGUCCUUCUCCUUUGGCUAUGACGGACAAUGGAGUGCCGCCCCUCUGUGACAUCGAGUCAGAGUUGGAUCACGGAGAGGGCAUCUCCACUGAGGAAGAGGACUGCUUCACUGAGGGCUUUGUGGAGCCCACAGCUGAGUGGAUGCCAGAGGACACUGAGCUGUCUUCGGACUGCAAAGAGCAACACGUACAGGCCCCCAGUCUCACAGGCGUGAGAUGGAGAAGGAGCAGUAGGAGAUCUCGGUCUAGCUCUCGAUCCCGCUCUCUAUCUCCCUUCCAUUCCGAUGUCUGGGAAUCCCAUCGGCGGCCGACCCAUCGACUGACCUCUCUGGACAGGUCCAGCAGGAGCAGGUGAACCCAAAACCCCAGCACUGUGAUAGUCCAUGAGUUUUGGACUGCGCAGCGAAGGAGGAGGAGGCCCGAGAGUCAGGAUGAGGCCCCAGAGACAGGCUGGCACGGUUAAUGGUAAUCAUCACCUCUAGUGACAGCGACAGCCACUGAUGAGCUCUCCGUGAGCUCCAAAUUUUCUUGAAAUUUCUCCUAAUUGAAUUGCGUGAAAUAAAAAAGAGCAUCAUUUUCAAAUGAUCAUUUUCUCAGGACAUUUAUUUCUGGUUCUG